AUGCCAGACGUCACUGGAUCAUUUCCUCUUUUCUUUGGACGGUUGCGGGAACACCAGGUGAAUAGGGGAGCUUACAUUGAGAAUCGUCCGGGUAAACAGGUCAGCAAUGUUUACCUUGCUAAGCCCAGCAAUAUUGUUAGCAGGUCCACCGACGAGACAGCUUUGCAAACAUCGCUGCCAAGCUACUCUAAAACUGCUCAUGAGGGUACCACGUCUGGACCCUCCCCUCGUGGAGUUUCCUCGUGGAGUGCUAACCAAGAAUGUACAGAGCCGAGACUACAGCUCAACUCACCAAUCACUUUGUCUUUGUCGCGAGAAUAUUCACCGCAAAGAAACCGUAGUUCAACAUGGCAUAACGUGGACUCCCCGCGAAGUUCCAGGCCUCCCAGACCGACAUCCGAAAUCCCGCCUUUUGAUCCCAGCUCAGCGACACGUUCCUCACCGAACUCGGUCCCUCGGCCAAGUCGAGGAUUUACAGUCGUUUCAAUUAAUGGCAUCGUUGGCCAAGCAGGCAAUAGUCCAUGCCAGCAGCAUGAGGUGUUUGUUGUCACAUCCGCCCGGGCAAGAUGGCAUCCAGGCAACGUUUCAAAACAAUUCGCUAUGACGAACAAGUUAUGCUACCAAUGCAUAAAAUCAUUCGUCCCGAAGCCAAUAGGGGCUGACCCUCGCGUGAAUAAACGACCGAGCUAA